AUGGACGGCAAACCCAUUCAGUCAUCGAAGGAGGACCCUCGCCGAUCUCCUGCACCAGAAAACCUGGCCCCGGACGAGGAUCAGACGGAGCAAGUAUGCACGAGCUCCGAGCCCGAGUCCGAUGAUGACUCCGACAUUGAGUCUCACAGCGAAGCAUCCAUCCAAUCCACCCGCUCCUACUCCUCCCUAACCCUUCAACACACCCACGAAAACAACCGCCGCUAUGCAGAUGACACAUAUUUCAUGCCCAACGACGAACCAGAACUCACCCGCCUCAACAUCCCGCCCCCUCCCCCCUCCCCAACCCCGCGCAUCCUCGACAUCGGCACCGGCCCCGGCGACUGGGCCAUCGAAAUGAGUGCCGCCCAUCCAUCCGCCACAAUCGUCGCCUCCGACCUGACCAUCUUCGACUCGGGCGUCGGCCACCUAGCCCUCCCCAACGUCGACUUCCAGCUCGCCGACGCUCGCACAGAGUGGACCUACCAUGAACCGUUUGACCUGAUCCAUCUCCGCGGACUAUCUGGCGCAUUCCAGGACUGGGGUGCGACGUAUGCGCAGGCGUUUGCGCAUCUGAGGCCUGGCGGGUAUAUUGAAGUCGCGGACGCCGAUCCAGCCGGCGAUACUAUCGCUUUCUCCCCGCAAUACGCAUCGGAAGCAGGAUCGGGACUGGGCUCGGCAUCUGAAACACCGGCGCUACAAACCUAUGCGGCUGCCCUGCGCGCCGCCGCGUCCGCGGCGAACUACCCACGCAGCCUGGCACAUCUGAACACAGACGCUCUCGUAGCCGCAGGCUUCGUGGACGUGCGCGUCCUCGAGCGCACAAUCCCCAUCGGUCUAUGGCCAGACGACAUGGCUGAGAAAUCGCUCGGCAAGAUGGCCCUCAUCGCAUUGCUGGAGGGGCUGGAGGCGUAUGCGCUGCGGCCGCUGACGGCACAUGGCGGGUAUGGCGUUGAGGAGGCGCGGGACCUGUGUGAUGCUGUUAGGGGGGAGUUGCUUGCGGUGAGGGGGUUGACGGCGCGGGUGAGGAUUGUUACGGCGAGACGGCCUAUUACGUUUGCGCAGAAGAGGGUCGAUCUGCUUGCUAGGGCUAUGGAGAGGGCUAAGUUCUUGCAGGAGGGUGUGGCGGUGGGAGAUGGAGAGAGAAGUGGAGAGGAAGAUAGAGAGAGGGGAUAG